AUGGACCACGAAUUCUCUGGCCGCCAUCCGGCCGGCAGCUCUUCCUUCCAACCGCCGAGCGCUCCGCCUUCCAUUCGACCCAGCACUCCCGGCACAGACAGAAACCCGUUUGAGCCCGAGCGUGUCGAGUCACAAGCAUCCCAGAGAAAUGGUACCAAUCCGUUCACAUCGCCCUUCAUAUCGCGUCCGCCCUCGAGCUUUGGCGGCUCCAGCGCUUUUCGAGGCGAGACUGGACAGCGAUACUUCCACUCGCGAAGAGUGAAGAAGGGCGAGGUCGAGAAGCCAUGGUUGGAGAAGAAGGAUCCCAAGGAGAAGUGGGUUACCAUACUACCCAUCGUCGGAAUUCUUAUUGGGCUGGCUAUCUCUGGCUUUCUGGUCUACGAUGGUCUGUCGAGUGUGGUCAAGCACAAAUACUGCAUGGUGCUCGAGGACACCUUCAGUACCUUUGACACGAAAACCUGGACCAAGGAGGUUCAGGUUGGCGGCUUCGGCAAUGGCGAAUUCGAGCAGACCACUGACUCUGACGAGAACGUCUACGUCAAAGAUGGCCACCUCUUCAUCGAGCCCACGCUUCAGGAUUCGAAGUUGAUCACGGAGAACAGCCUCAUUGACCUGCUCAAGGACGGGAGUUGUACUUCAAAACAGUUUUCCGACUGCGUUGCUGCUACCAACAUCACUACUGGCAACUCCACUAUUGUGCCCCCGACCAAGUCAGGCCGCAUCACCACCAUCAACGGUCCCACCAUCAAGUAUGGCCGCGUCGAGGUGACAGCAAAACUGCCUGUGGGCGACUGGAUCUGGCCUGCCAUCUGGAUGAUGCCCGUCAAAGAUAUCUACGGACCUUGGCCGCUCAGUGGAGAGAUCGACAUCAUGGAGAGCAGAGGAAACAACUACACGUACGCGCAGGGAGGCAACAAUAUCGUCUCGUCAGCGCUCCACUGGGGACCCAACACUGCCAACGAUGCGUGGUGGCGAACCAACGUGAAACGUGAAGCGCUGCACACGUCAUACGCAUCUUCCUUCAACACCUACGGGCUUGAAUGGUCGGAGAAGUAUCUCUUCACCUACGUCAACUCUCGUCUUCUGCAGGUGCUGUACACCAACUUCAACCAGCCCCUGUGGCAGCGUGGUCAGUUCCCGGCCGCCGACAGCAACGGGACCCGUCUGGAGGAUGUCUGGAGCCAGACUGGUCGCGACAGCACGCCGUUUGACCAGCCGUUCUACCUCAUCCUCAACGUCGCUGUCGGCGGGACGAACGGGUGGUUUGAAGACUCGAAGAGUGGCAAGCCUUGGCUCGACACCAGCCCGAGUGCCAAGAAGGACUUCUGGAACGCGCAGGACCAGUGGCUGCCGACCUGGACCCAGCCGGCCAUGGAGGUGAGCAAGGUCAUGAUGUGGCAACAGUGCGAUGGCAAUGAGGAUCUGUGA